AUUUGGAUCCGCGAGGCUGUGCCUGCGGGUGGUGCGUUGGCGUGGCCUUGAGGGAGGUGAGGUGGAUCGGGGGCGCAGAUCUGGAGGGCGCAUGAGGAGGCGGCGCCGGAGAGGAGGAGGAGGAGGAGGAGGAGGGAGAGGGUGGUGUAGUGGGAGCGGCCGAGAUGGGGCGUCGACGGGGUGGUGAUCCUGGAGGCUGUGGUGGCGAGUGAGGCGGCGGCGGUGGUGGUGGUGGGGGUGGGGGAGGAGGGGGCUGGGAUGGAGGACGUGGCGGUGGCGGCGGCGCUCGCUCCUGCGCCGGCGACGGCUCCGGUUUUUAGCCCCGCCGCGGCGGGGCUCACGCUGAUCGCCGCCGCGGCCGCGGACCCGAUCGCGGCCGUGGUGGCGGGGGCCAUGGACGGGGUGGUGACCGUGCCGCCGGUCAGGACGGCGUCGGCGGUGGAGGACGAUGCGGUGGCACCGGGGAGGGGGGAGGAAGGGGGGGAGGCGUCGGCGGUGGGGAGCCCGUGCUCGGUGACCAGCGACUGCAGCAGCGUGGCCAGCGCGGACUUCGAGGGGGUUGGCCUGGGAUUCUUCGGGGCGGCGGCGGAUGGCGGCGCCGCUAUGGUGUUCGAGGAUUCGGCGGCGUCGGCGGCCACGGUCGAGGCAGAGGCACGCGUCGCGGCCGGGGCGAGGAGCGUCUUCGCCGUCGAGUGCGUGCCCCUGUGGGGGCACAAGUCGAUUUGUGGCCGCCGGCCAGAAAUGGAGGACGCCGUCGUCGCCGUGUCCAGAUUCUUCGACAUCCCGCUAUGGAUGCUCACCGGCAACUCCGUCGUCGACGGCCUCGACCCCAUGUCGUUCCGCCUCCCAGCACACUUCUUCGGUGUCUACGACGGCCACGGUGGCGCGCAGGUUGCAAAUUACUGUCGGGAGCGGCUCCACGCUGCGUUGGUGGAGGAGCUGAGCAGGAUAGAGGGGUCUGUGUCCGGUGCUAACUUGGGAUCUGUGGAGUUCAAGAAGAAGUGGGAACAGGCGUUUGUGGACUGCUUCUCGAGGGUGGACGAGGAGGUGGGAGGCAAUGCGAGCAGGGGAGAAGCUGUAGCACCCGAGACCGUGGGAUCUACGGCUGUAGUCGCUGUGAUCUGCUCCUCGCACAUCAUCGUUGCUAAUUGUGGAGACUCACGGGCAGUGCUCUGUCGUGGCAAGCAGCCUGUGCCGCUAUCAGUGGAUCAUAAACCUAACAGGGAGGAUGAAUAUGCAAGGAUCGAGGCAGAAGGUGGCAAGGUUAUACAGUGGAAUGGCUAUCGAGUUUUUGGUGUUCUUGCCAUGUCGCGAUCAAUAGGUGCAUAAGUUAAAUAUACCUUCCAAAUCCCAAGUGCCUGCUCAAACAGUUGUGUGUAUUCAACAGUAUACAUUAAAGUGAGGUUUCAAGGUCUUGUGGCCCAUCUGCCAUUUAAAAAUUUAUAUUUGGAGCAGUUCCAGCAGUAAUUGUGUAGAUAUUUGGCACUCACUUUCCUUAGAUGACAAAGAUUAGCAGCAUGUGUUAGGAACAUUUCCUAGAUCUCUAAUUGACAAUAUAUGGGUUUGUUAUUCGACUUCCCUUACAAGCCAAAAGGUAGCAACAUGUUUUAGAAGCAUUUUGCUAGAUCUGUAAUUAAUAGUGCAAGUUUUGGUGUCUGAUUUUCCUUGGAUGUCAAAGAGUAGCAGCAUGUGUUUGGAGCAUUUUCCUUGCUCUCUGAUGUUCCUUGAGGCUGUGAGCUUUUGAUUUCUAUGUAACUGUUUGCUUUUUAAUUAGUUAAUCAUUUUGUUUGUUUUUUGUUUGGGUGGAUGAGGCUUGUUAGGGAGUGUAGGAGCGAGGUAGAAAUAUCAACACUUUGUCCUUGUAACAACUCAUUGUCAUGUGUAUCGAUCUUCUGGUAUUCUUUCCUGAAGUGUUCAUGUUGAAUCUUUUUCAUAAAAAAAAGCUUGUCUAUUUGUAAAGUUCCUGCCAACCUUUCUUUUGUUCUUUUUGGGUGAGCAUCAUGUGUUUUUGCUGUUUGUUUCCUUUCUAUUGCAAUGCUAAGUACUGAGCGUUGCACAUGCAUGUAGUAACCAAUCAUACGACCCUAUACUCCUAUGAGAUGGCUACUUUGGUAUGCCAAGUUUUGUUUCAUCCACAACAUGUUUUUUCCUAAUCCACGUAGCCUAUAUGGUUUUGUAUGUCAUACCAAAGCAGUCUUGUGUUUUACAGCUGUCACUAUUGCAUUUUAAGAGACAAGUCACAACCAGUACAUGUUUCUUGACACUUUCUAGUUGCUUUUGUAAAAUUGUACUUGUUACCACUAUAGAGUGCCUUUUUUUUUUUUGCCAAAAGCUCCUGUUCAUCAUUUGUACAACCCCGUCCUCCACAUAUUUGUGCUUCUUUAUCAUUUUACUCUACCAAAAGAUAACAAGAGAUAAAUCUUAUGGAAAUAUAUAUUCUCAGUCCACGUUUAUUACUGGAAAUAUAUAGUUAUGAAUAAAGUUUGGAAAUAUUGACUACUGAUCCCACGGUGACUUGCAUUUCUCGACACAGGGGAUAUCUCACUAGCUGUGUCAUUCCAAUGCAAUAGAUCAUGAACAAAUGACUAGGUAAGUAGGUCAUAA